AUGUUCACUUUGAUUUUUUUCUACUUGCUUCUGAACAGUCCACUUCUCAUGAUGAAUUUCAUUCCUUCCAGGUGCUUUUGGAGAAUGAAGAAUGAAGAAAAGUACAGAGAGUUAGUGGAAGCGUGUUUUUUCUUCCUUUAUACAGUGCAAUGGUCUGUGGAGAAAGACUAUUUCAGCAACCUUCUGGAUACGCUAACAGAAACAGAGAACAGAUCCCAUUUCCUCUGGUUUUUGGCUUUUUCCUUGCAUGAAAUAAACAGAAACCCUGAUUUUCUACCAAAUAUAUCUUUAGUAUUUCGAGUACCAUAUUGUCUAAACGUGUCACUAGUAAAAGAUCUCAUUCAUAUUUCUCAACCAACUGAUGUGACUCAUCCUAAUUAUGACUGUACCAAAGGUGUCAUUUGUACAGUUCUUCUUACAGGACCAAACUGGGAAGCAUCUGUACUAUAUCACACAUUCAUGUCCAGCCAUGAACCUCAGCAGAUUCUUCAUCUUACUUAUGGGCCUUUCCAUCCUCUCCUGAAUGACCGUGUACAAUUUUCCUAUAUUUAUAAGCUCGCCCAUGAGGAUAAAUCUCUCGCUAUGGCCCUCGUCGCCUUCUUACUUUAUUUAAACUGCAACUGGGUAGGGCUGGCCAUCUCUGACAAUGAACAGGGUACACAAUUUCUCUCAUAUUUGAAAAGAGAGAUGGAAAAGGAUACAAUCUGCUUUGCCUUUGUGAAUAUGAUCCCACUGAACAUGGAGGUUUACAUAUCAAGAGCUGAAGUGUAUUAUAAUCAAAUCAUGACAUCGUCCACAAAUGUUGUUAUCCUUUAUGGUGACACAGACAGUACCCUAGCUGUGGCCUUUAGAAUGUGGAAAACUCUAGGUAUACAAAGAACAUGGAUCACCACCUCAGAGUGGGAUGUUCCUACAAGUAAGAGAGACCUCACACUUGAUCCAUUCCAUGGUAAUCUUGCUUUUGCACAGCACUAUGGUAAGAUUUCAGGUUUUAAAAUUUUUGUCCAGACACUGAACCCUCUCAAAUACUCAGAUAAAUAUCUGGCAAGACUGAAUUGGAUGAACUUUAACUGUGAAGCCUCAGCAUCUAACUGUAAGACAAUGAAGAACUGCUCAACCAAUUUCUCAUUGGAAUGGCUAAUGACACAAAUUUUUGAUACAGCCUUCAGUGGUAGCAGUUAUGAUAUAUACAAUGCUUCAUAUGUUUUGGCCCAUGUCAUUUAUGAGGUGCCUCUUCAACAGGUAGAAAAUCAGCCAAUUGACAAUGAGAAAAAAUAUGAUCAUAUCUGCUCAAAGAUGUACUCCUUGAUGAAAAAGACCCACUUCACUAGUCCUACUGGAGACAAAGUGACCAUGAACCAGAAAGAAAAACUUCAGAAAGAGUACGACAUUUUCUACAUUUGGAAUCUCCCACAUGAUUUUGAACUUAAGGUGAAGAUAGGAAAGUUUAGCCUAUAUUUUCCACAUGGUCAACAGGUCCAUUCAUCUGAAGACAUGCUAGAGUGGGCCACACGAAGUCGACAGAUGCUCCCCUCUGUAUGCAGUGCUGAGUGUGAUCCUGGAUUCAGAAGAUUCAGGCAGGAGGGAAUGUCAGCCUGCUGUUUUACUUGUACGAACUGCCCAGAAAAUGAAAUUUCUAAUGGAACAAACAUGGACCAGUGUGUGAAGUGUCCAGAGGACCAGUAUGCCAACACAGAGCAGAAUCACUGCAUUCCAAAAGCUGUGAUCUGUUUGAGCUAUGAAGACCCCUUGGGGAUGGCUCUGGCUUUAAUGGCCUUGGGUUUCUCGGCCCUCACAGCUCUGGUUCUGGGAGUAUUUUUGAGGCACAAUGACACAGCCAUUGUGAAGGCCAAUAACCGCUCUCUCAGCUACAUCUUACUCAUGUCACUCAUGUUCUGUUUCCUCUGCUCCUUGCUCUUCAUUGGCCAACCAAACUCAGCCACCUGCAUCCUUCAGCAAAUCACAUUUGGAAUUGUAUUCACUGUGGCUAUUUCCUGUGUGUUGGCCAAAACAAUCACAGUGGUUCUGGCUUUCAAUGUCACAGCUCCUGCAAGAAGGAUGAUGUACAUUCUGGUUUCAGGAGCACUUAACUACAUCAUCCCUCUCUGUACACUCAUCCAAAUUAUUCUCUGUUCAAUCUGGCUAGGAGCUUCUCCUCCAUCUGUUGAUAUUGAUGCAUAUUCUGAGCAUGGCCACAUCAUCAUUGUCUGCCACAAGGGUUCAGUUAUAGCAUUUUACUGUGUCCUAGGCUACUUAGGCUGCCUGGCCCUGGGAAGCUUCACUGUGGCUUUCUUGGCCAGGAACCUGCCUGACACAUUCAAUGAAGCCAAGUUCCUGACAUUCAGCAUGCUGGUGUUUUGCACUGUGUGGAUCACUUUCCUCCCUGUCUACCACAGCACCAAGGGCAAGGUCAUGGUGACUGUGGAGAUUUUUUCCAUCAUGGCUUCCAGUGCAGGCAUGCUGGGAUGCAUCUUUGUUCCCAAGUGCUACAUAAUUUUAUUAAGGCCAGACAAAAAUUCUCUUCAAAAGAUCAGGGAGAAAUCAUAUUCUUAA